AACUAACUUUUAAUUUGUUUCAACAUAUCAUCCUGCAGAAUUAUACAUACCGUAUGAUUCUGCACAAAUAAAUGAACAGAACAGGCCCGCAAUACAAGUCUCAGAAUUGUAGAGAAUUAAAUGAGGGAAUAAGAAAGAAGGGCAAGGGAGGCAGGAGCAGAGAUGACUCACAUCUUGUCUAGGCUUGCCCUGUUGCCCAUACUUAAAAUACAUCAUACUUUACACCUACCUAAAGGGUACCCAUAAUUAAUGCUCUUUUAAACAUAAUGAAUAAUUGAUGCUGAUAUAUCUUGUAUUUUGGAUCGCCCACUCCCUCAAUACCUGUCCGACCUACUAAAUCUCUCCCCCGUUCUGUGGGUCAAAAGCCUCGUAUAUAAAGCUCCUCCUGCGAGGGCAGGCCUUUGUGUUGCAGGUUGCAGAAGCCACGCCAGCAUGGGAAGGUCUCCUUGCUGCGAGAAAGCUCACACCAACAAAGGAGCAUGGACCAAGGAAGAAGACGACCGUCUCGUCGCUUAUAUUCGAGCUCACGGCGAGGGCUGCUGGCGCUCUCUCCCCAAAGCCGCUGGCCUCCUCCGUUGUGGCAAGAGCUGCCGUCUCCGCUGGAUCAACUACCUCCGUCCCGACCUUAAACGCGGAAAUUUUACCGAACAAGAGGAUGAGCUCAUCAUCAAGCUCCACAGUCUCCUCGGCAACAAGUGGUCGCUGAUAGCUGGGAGAUUACAAGGAAGAACGGACAACGAAAUAAAGAAUUACUGGAACACUCAUAUAAAAAGGAAGCUUCUGAGCAGAGGAAUUGACCCCGCAACUCACAGGCCUCUCAACGAGGCUUCUCAGAACCAAUCUCUUGCCCCGUCUGCUUCUGCUGCUAAACAGCAAGAGUCGGAUCGGGUUCCGAUGACGGGUGCGAAUUCCGAACGACCCGGCGUCUUAGAAGUGUGCCCCGAUCUGAACCUUGAGCUGACCAUCAGUCUUCCCCAUCAUCAUCGUAAUCAGAAGCAACCAGAUCGGCCAUCGCUCAACAGUAGUGGGAGCAAUAGUGGAAGCAGCUCGGAUGGCGAUGGUUAUGAUUUCUUGGGAUUGAAAAGCGGUGUUUUGGAUUGCAGGAGCAGCAUGACCCAAAUAGAUUGGAGAGCACUCAGAGAAUGAUUUAUGCGUGUAUCCACCUUAAAGCUUCCUCUUCUUUCUUUAAUUGUAUAAUUUGUUAAUUACGGAUGCAUAAGUAUCAGGGCAUUUUGAUCCUCUCUAAUAGUAUGCAUCUUAACAAUGAGGUUUUUUUUUAAUAAAAGAAAAAAGAAAAAACAAUCUUGAUAUUCA